GAAUACUUUAAUGAGCCCUGCAUGUUAAAAUGAGCCUUUUAAUGGUGUGUUUGAAGUCAGCAAGAGAAAACAUCUGGAGAUGAAAGAUUUGUGCUACAGGAACCCUGCUCAUGAAACAGGGGAGUCUUCAAACCCGGAUCCUGUAGAGCAAGAGGGGUGGGGGGGCUGUAGGCGGCCGUGUUCAGCAGAGCUCAGAGAGUCGGUGGGCUGAGCAGAGCAUGGUGGCUGAGCAGCACAGCAGGACACAGCGUUGCUGCCGGGCUUUGGACGGGACGGUCAGAGAUGUUUGACAACUCUCACUACCCCUUCAACUGCUUCAACUAUGAUGGGGACGGAUACCCGUCCUCUGGUUCUGAGGAGGAGAAAAAGAUCUGCAGACCUGCUUACAGCUACAUCGCUCUGAUUGCCAUGGCGAUCCAGCAGAACCCGGAGCAGCGGGUCACCCUGUCUGGAAUCUAUGAGUUCAUCAUGAAGCGGUUCCCCUACUACCGGUCCAACCAGAGAGCCUGGCAGAACUCCAUCAGACACAACCUGUCCCUCAACAGCUGCUUCAUCAAGGUUCCACGGACAGAAGGGAACGAGAAAGGAAAAGGAAAUUUCUGGACCUUUGCUGCAGGUUGUGAAUCCAUGCUGGACCUGUUUGAAAACGGAAACUUCCGCCGCCGCAGGCGCAGGAGGAACAUGAAGAUAGGUCUCCAGGAUUCAGCAGAGACCUCCUUCCAUCCAGUGGAGAGCCACAGCAGCAAGCGGGGACCGGCGUCUCGGCACCCUGAGCUAGACUCUGCCAUCUGCCAUCUGAAGCCUGGAAGGCCGAGGUCCGAUCCCCAACAGAACCACCUCAUCCCGACCUCAAACCAGCAGGGAAAACCCGAGUCAGAGAUCAAGUUCAGCAUCGACUACAUCCUGUCCUCUCCAGAUCCUCCACAGCCUGGGUUCAGAUCUCCUCAUGGCCCGAUACAUUUGGUCCCACCGGCGCCACCUGCUCAUGUUCUGGACCAACAACACCUGAACCUGCACUUCUGGACUCUUUAAGAGGACAAAUAACAAAAGACACCUUUCCUCCUGACAACAAGAACUCUGUUUAAACAUGUUCAACAGGAGACAAAGAGGUUCCACUGGAUGUUUCACAGGACCUGAGAAAUGAAAAGUGAAAGAUCAACUUUAACCAAAAGAUUAAACUCAGCGAAGAGUCUCUGUGUCGUUCUGCCGUUCGUAUCGUAAUUUGUGCUGACAGUCAAUAUUUGAAAUAUAUUCCACAAGCAUUAGAAGAGAACCUGUGAGUCUAACUGUGAUGUGAUCGUAUGAUAUGUCAGAAGAAUCGGCUUAAUUCAGAGCAGAAAAUACCUCAAACAAAGACCUGAUCUUAAAGAAUAUUGGAUUUCAAUU